GUUCCUUCAUGAUGGUGAAUGCUUCGGGUCGUGCAUCAGGUCAGAAGGCCCACCUGCUCCUGCCCACGCUAAAAGAGAAUGACACCCACUGCAUAGACUUCCACUACUCCCUGUCUAGCCGGGAUGGGACGAGUCCCGGAACCCUUAAUGUCUACAUAAAAGUGGAUGGUGGACCACAGGGGAAUCCCAUCUGGAAUGCCUCAGCACCCGUCACUGAAGGCUGGGUGAAGGCUGAACUCGCCAUCAGCACCUUUUGGCCCAACUCCUAUCAGGUUAUUUUUGAGGCUGUGUCUGUACAAGGGCAUCCUGGGUUCAUCGCAGUGGAUGAGAUACACGUUUUGGCCCACCCUUGCCGCAAGACACCACAUUUUCUGCGGCUGCAGAAUGUCGAGGUGAACGUGGGACAGAAUGCCACCUUCCAGUGUAUUGCUGGAGGCAAAUGGUCACAACAUGACAAACUCUGGCUACAGCAAUGGAAUGGUAAAGACACGUCUCUCAUGGUGACCCGAGUGGUAAACCAUCGGCGCUUCUCCGCUACCGUUAGCGUAACGGACACGUCACAGCGCAGCACCAGCCGUUACCGCUGUGUCAUUCGUUCUGAUGGAGGAUCUGGAGUUUCAAACUAUGCUGAACUCAGCGUUAAAG